AAAAAUGGCUGCCUCGGCGGCAGCGGCGGGUUCUUCCCCCGGGUUGUGCCCAAGCUUCGCCGUGAUCUGCUCUUUUCUUGAGCGGUAUGGCGCUCUCUUGGAUCUACCGGAACUUACAUUUCCACAGCUGGAAAGAUAUCUCCAGGAGACUUCCACAGUUCCUAAGCUCUUGGUAGACCUUCAUGUGAAGUUGCUUAGGAAAAUUGGCAAGUCAGUGUCUGCGGACAGAUGGGAGAAGUACCUUUUAAGGCUGUGCCAGGAGUUUAACAUGACGUGGGCGUGGGAGCUGGAGAAGAAGGGGUAUAGGGAGAUGACUGUGGAGUGCAAGACAGGGAUCCUGAAGUACCUGUGCGAGUGUCAGUUUGAUGACAAUGUUAAGUUUAAGACGGCCAUCAACGAGGAGGACCCUGACAAAAUGCGCCUGCAGCCCAUUGGUCGAGACAAGGACGGCCUCAUGUACUGGUUCCAGUUGGACCAGGAACAUAACGUGCGGGUGUAUGUGGAAGAGCAGGACGACUUGGACGGGUCAUCCUGGAGGUGUGUCGUCAGAAACAGAAACGACCUUGCCGAGGUCCUGGCUUUACUGAAAACGCAGAUUGAUCCAGCGCUUUUAGUAAAGAAAGACCAAGACGAGAGUUCAUCCAGGAACAGCCCAAACCCAGACGGCCAGAACAAGGGGACUGAAGACGGUGAGAAAGUAAAGAAGAUGGACAGUUCCGAGGAUGAAGAGGAGAAGUCCCCCAGGAGUGCAGCAGACCCUAACUCUUCAAACGCUGAAAACAAGGAGCAACUCUUGGAAAAAGAGAAUUUGAAGCGAGAGGUCACUGAGGUCAAAUCAGACCUGAAGAAUACUGAGGUUGCCGACGAGGAGACGGAGAAAAGGAGGAAUCAGGCAGAACCUUCCAGAGGCGGUAUUAUCUCUGCAAUCAAAACGGAGCCUAUGGAGGAGGCGGAAGCGGCCAACCGAGCGCCUGAAUCGGCCGCGGAAAAGAGCGGUGGUCCGUGCGGCUCUGGACAGAACGAGGCGAUGAAGAAGAAGACGACAGAUGAAGUCCAGAGGGCCAUGAAAAACGACCAACAGGCAAAAAUCCCCCUGAAAAAGAGAGAGAUGAAACUGAGCGAAGACUUCGACAGUCCCAGUAACGGAAGCGGCGCGAGCAGCAUCAUCGUGCAGAACCCGGCCGCCGCGGUCCCGAUCAGAGAGGCAGAGGAACCGUGUCAGGUGAACGGUAACGCUCCAUAUGCUAAGAGCGUCGAGAACGAAGCACAGAAGGACACAGGGUUCGUAAGCCAGAAGGAUCAAACGCAAUCCGCCACCAAGGUGGACAGCCCAAAAGACGUGAAGGAAGCGAGAAACCAGUCCCUGGCAAAGACUGUGUCCGAGGAAGCAGCCAGAGAGAAGGAGACUGAACAAAGAGACGUGGAGAUCCCGGCAGACAAGACCAGCGCUGAUACAGAAGAGACCAUGGAGACUGAUAAGCCUGAAGAACCUGACCUGCAGAAGAAAGCUGCAAUAGUAGGAGUAGAGGACAAAGCACCCGCAGAGACAAAAACAGCUUCCGUUACUGAGGCAGAAAAGUCGUCCAGCCCCAGGGAGGCAAAGGAGUCUCCUACCGCUGAAGUCACAGUGAAAGAGAGUGGUACGUCUGCGGUGGAAGACAUGCCUGAAGUUAAAGAUUCAACAACAAAAUCUGAGCUUGAAAAAGGAAACGAACCAGCCACCCACAGGGAGAAGAACGAUCACCAAGAAGAAUGUUCGUCUGGACGGAGCGAUAAAUCAGAUCCCAAAGUGUCAACUCAGACAUCAGACGAUCCUAAAAACGCAGACCAAGCUCUGUCACCGAAAAAGACAGACGAACCCAUGUCUGUAGAGUGUGACUCGUCACAGGGUCCAAAAGAAACUUCAGUCAUCAAAAAACACGAGACAUUUGAAAAACAUCCCGAAGCUAGCGAGACAGAAAAACAGUUUGGUCCGAAAGAGAAGGAUAAAAGUGCUGAAGGUAAAGAGAUCAAAGACACCACUGCUCCUGGUGAAAAGGACUCAGACCUGUCUGCAGAGAGCACUGUGGGAGAGGACAAAGGUUCUGAAACUGAGAACCCAAAAGCUGGAGAAGAUGAUAAAUUAAUUACUACAAAAGAGAAGGACCGGUCUUCCUCUAAAGAUACGGACACACAUGAAGAGCGGGACAAAACAACAUCUCCUGGUGACACAGAAAAGUCCAGCACUGCUAAAGAGGACAGGUCUGGACCGAAAGAGCCUGAAAAAUCCUCCGUUCCUGAGGAGACAGAGUGUCCACCCAAAGAGGCAUCAGACAAAGAGACAUUAGAUGAUGGGAAGACUGGUAAGGCUGGUAUCUCUGAGACGGAACAAAACGGCAGUUUGAGAGAAGAUCAGAAAAUGGAGGUCUGCAAAGUGACUGUGAAAAGUGACGAGACCAAAGACACAGAGGAUUCAGAGAGCGGUAAACAGACUGCCGGAGCAUCAGCCCUCAAGGAGCCAGAGAAGCAGGACACAUCGAAGAAGAUGGAAGGAGGAGACGAACCGAAGCAAACGCAGACUUUGACCGACUCGGGUUCGUCAGAGGAUCCCCACGCAGACAAGGAUCCGAAAGGUGAAAGCGAUCUGGAAAAGACGGAACAGACGGGCGUGACAUCUGGAGGAGGCUCAUCGGGCAGUGAGAGGGAAAGCGAACGACAGGAUGAGAAGGACGGAGAGAAGACAGAGGCGUCCCGCGAUGUGUCUGCGAUGGACUGCGAUGAAACUCGUCAAACCGACCAGGCGGCCGAAAAGACGGAUCCUCAAAAAACCGAGGUAACAGCGAAAGACUCUAAAACAGACGGCGUCUCCGCGGACGAGCAACCGAAGGAGGGGGCUGAAAGGAAGAGCACGGAUGAGGACGACAAAGACGACGCCGCCAGCAAGGACACGCCCGCCGAAAAGAAGCCGGAGGCCACACGGGAGCAGGAGGAGAAAGAUUCGUCCAAAACGACGGCGGAAAGCGGAGACGGGGAGAAGGAGUCGUCGGAGGUUCAGGAGGACGGAAUUCGGCUGAAAAUCAAAAUCCCCGCUCACCGUCGGAAGGCCGAGCUGCAGCGAGAGGAGCGCAAGGGAGACUCGGAAUCGGAAACGGGCGAGGGCAGGUGCCUGCGGAGGUCGCCGCGGAUCUGCCGACCGACUCCGAAACUGGUCGAGAUCCAGGACCGGAAGCUGGAGAAGAAACAGAUUGCGGCGUUGGCUGAAAAAGAGAAAGACAACAAUGAGGAGAAGGAGGAGGAGGAGGAAAGUUCUGUGCAGAAGAAGCCAAGAGAGAAGAAGGCUGAUCCAGAAGGCCAAAGCAAGCCAAAGGGAAGGCGCCGGAGACGGACACGUUGGUCGAACACUCGCACCCGGUGGCGCAAAAAGAAAGGCUCCGAGGACGAGGACGAUGAUGAUGACAGCGAUGAAGAGGAGACAGAGGAGGACGACAGCGACGAAGAUUACAAGGUGGAGAAGACGAGGAAGAGGAGGAGAAACCGAAACAGAGAGAGAAAUUCGUCAGACUCAUCUACCUCGUCGUCAGAGGAUGAAAUCCCCAACGAUGACCCCUGUAAACACUGUGGGCUCCCUAACCACCCAGAGCUGAUUUUGUUGUGUGACUCCUGUGACAGUGGCUACCACACAGCGUGUCUCCGACCUCCUCUGAUGAUCAUUCCUGACGGGGAGUGGUUCUGUCCACCCUGUCAGCACAAAUUACUCUGUGAUAAACUGGAAGAGCAGCUGCAGAACCUGGACGCAGCGCUGAAGAAGAAAGAGCGAGCAGAGAGGAGGAAAGAGCGGCUGGUGUAUGUCGGGAUCAGCGUUGAGAAUAUUAUCACACCUACGGUGGAGGUAGAGGAAGAAAAAGAGGAGGAGGAAGAGGUGAAGGUGAAGAAAGAGGUCAAGAAAAGCAAGAGUUGGGGUCGGAGGUCAACUCGAGCAAAGAAAUACAUAAGCUACAGGUUUGAUGAAUUUGACGAGGCUAUUGAGGAGGCCAUAGAAGAAGACAUCAAAGAAGCAGAGGGAGGAGGAGCAGGCCGUGGGAAGGACAUGGCCAACAUCACAGGCCACAGGGGGAAGGACAUGUCCACCAUCUUACAGGAGGACGGGAAAGAGAACGGGCGACCACAACGGCCGAACGCCGGGCAGCGAAGGAAAAAACGCCGCCGCCUGAACGACCUGGACAGCGACAGCACCAUGGAGGAAGAAGAGAGUGAGGAAGAGUUCCGUCUGAGCGACAGUUCUGAGGAAGAGGAGUUCGUGGUGUCUGAUUAUGAUGAAGAAAGUGGGGCAGAGGAGCAGUCCUUUGACGACAGUGAUUUCGGCAGCGACGGGUGUGGCCCGCGCUUCCGAGGGUCGUCAUCCAGGAGGAAGCCCCAGCAGAGACAGCGCGUCCGCCAGCCUCCACGAAGGAGACGCAGACCACGAGGGUACUCUGACGACGAAGAGGUGGAGGAAACCGAGGAAGACGAGGAAGAAGAGAUAGUGACUGAAGGCUCCAGCGAUUUCAGCGACAGUGACUUGGACAUGCGUAGGAGGCGAUCUCACAGGAGUCAGAAGAAGAAGGUGAAUUACUGUGAGACUUCAGAGUCUGAAGGCUCCCAGGCCAGCACCAACCGGGACAAAGUCAAAUCUCGCCGACGCCUGUCCAGCUCCGAGAGCGAAGUGAGUUUCCGCUCCAUGGACUCUGAUGAGGACAGGAGGCCGGCUAAGAGGAGCGGGAGAAACGAUUCGUCAGAGGAGGAGUCCAGGAAACGACGGCGAAAGCUGUCGCUGAAGCGCAGGAGGGCCUCCGAGGACGAUGAGGACGAUGAGGACGACUCGGAGGAGUCUGAGGAAGAGGACCGCCCCGUCCGCAAGAGGGUCAACCGCAUCGAUUCAGACGACAGCGAAGAGGAGGGAGAGGACGCGAAGAAGAGCACGGCGGAGAAAGACGCGGAGGAGUUGAGGUCUCAGAGGCUGGGCCUAGAGGAGGAGGAGGAGGAGGGGGUUCUGGGAAAAGGAGUCAGCCCUCUGGACUACAACCUGGUGGAGCUCCCGCCCACCAACGGACAGAAUGCCAUCAAAGGGCUGGAGGGCUUCAUGACGCGACCCUCCAUGGGUGUGGCCCCGCCCGGCCUCAUGACCCACAUUGGACCCAAAAACAGCAGCGCCCCUUCGGCCGUUUCCAUGGUGACCAACGGGCUGGUUCCCCAGGAGAUGGCGCCACAGGAUGAAGACGAGGAUGACCUCCUGGGGGUGACAGACCUGGUGGACUAUGUCUGUAACAGUGAACAGUUGUAAGAGC